AUGUUUGCGGCUCGGAGCGGCUCGACGACUCAGGGAAUCCCCGAGGACUCCAUCAGGCUCCGCAAGCAGUCGGCGGCGUCCGUGUCAGGGGCCCGGAGCCAGCGCAGCUCUCAGGACGGGUCGCGUGAAGCCCACAGGCACAACCAGCAGGCCGCGCUGGCACAGACGCUGGCACAGACGCUGGCACAGACGCUGGCACGCAAGGCCGAGCUGGUGCGUGAGAUCGAGACCCAGUGGUACCUGAAGCUGUGUGGACGGGCCAGGGAGGACAGCACGGCCGUCCAGACCGGGAUGCCCUACCGGAAUUUGGGGAAGUCUGGAUUAAGAGUCUCAUGUCUGGGUCUCGGUACCUGGGUGACAUUUGGAGGGCAAAUCUCUGAUGAGGUGGCGGAGCAGCUGAUGACCAUCGCGUACGAGAGCGGUGUGAACCUGUUUGACACGGCGGAAGUGUACUCGGCAGGAAAAGCUGAAAUCAUUUUGGGAAACAUCAUCAAGAAAAAGUGCUGGAGGAGAUCAAGUUUGGUGAUUACGACGAAGCUCUACUGGGGAGGAAAGGCGGAGACCGAGCGAGGACUUUCCAGAAAACAUGUAAUAGAAGGUCUGAAAGGCUCCCUGCAGAGGCUGCAGUUAGAAUAUGUGGACGUGGUCUUCGCCAACCGGCCAGAUAACAACACACCGAUGGAAGAGAUCGUCCGGGCGAUGACACACGUGAUUAACCAGGGAAUGAGCAUGUACUGGGGGACGUCCCGCUGGACAGCCAUGGAGAUCAUGGAGGCGUACAGCGUAGCGAGGCAGUUUAACUUGAUCCCGCCGGUGUGCGAGCAGGCCGAGUAUCAUCUGUUUCAGAGAGAGAAAGUGGAGGUGCAGCUGCCGGAGCUCUACCACAAAAUAGGUGUGGGUGCCGUGACCUGGUCCCCUCUAGCCUGUGGCAUCAUCACUGGAAAGUAUGAAAAUGGCAUCCCAGAAUCCUCCAGGGCAUCGAUGAAGCCGUACCAGUGGCUGAAGGAGAAGAUUCUGAGUGACGAUGGACGAAAGCAGCAGGCGAAGUUAAAGGAAUUAUCUCAUAUAGCAGAGAAACUGGGCUGCUCGCUGCCUCAACUGGCUGUAGCUUGGUGUCUGAGGAAUGAAGGAGUGAGUUCUGUCCUCUUAGGAACUUCUAACCCAGAACAGCUCAGAGAAAACCUGGGAGCCAUUCAGGUUCUUCCCAAGAUGACGUCCCACGUGGUGACCGAAAUCGACCACAUACUCGGAAACCGGCCCUACAGUAAGAAGGACUAUCGCUCGUAGGUGUUCGGGUCGCGUCCCCAUCGGCGUGUGUCUUUACCUGAACACCUCUGUCCUGCUCUUUCUGCUGGGAUUGCUUUCUGACGGAAGUCUUAGAGAGCCGAGCCUCGUAUCCCGUCUGUGCAUGCUCCUUAAAAUAUCUCCGCAGCCUCGCACCACCAUGAUGGACCACCAUGUGAUGAAGGAAACCCCUACAGCACCACCUCUGACCUGGUCUGACCUGGUCCACCCCUCUCGAACCCUGGUCAGUGAUCGGAUGAAGGUACGACAGUAGAAAGGCCGCUUGUAGAGACUGGAGGAAUGGGGAAAUGCUGCCACCUGCUGUUCAUACUGAGAACUGCAGCCUUGUGUUUGUUAGCAGAGCUUAAAAUUCGACGGAACGAGCCGCCGGUGUUUCCCGUUUUUACCUGAUUAAUGAGCGCAUGUGUCCCUAAUUGCAUCUCUAAUUAAUUAAAGCCCGAUAUUAAAGCUUUGGCAGAAAAUUGACGUUUGCGCUGUUAAACUUAGUGUAGGAGCAAAGCCAGAACUAGCAGCGUUCAUGCUAGCACAUCAAUCCCAGCCUGUUGCUAUAUUCCAGAUAUAUAGAGUUAUAAAAAUGACUGUAAAAUAUGUAAAUAACAUCUAGAACAACCAGCACCACGCUUUUCCACUCACUGAUCCAGUUCUGCUCGUUAUUUACCCUCAACUGGACCCAUAUCUUCUGGGUUUGGGUCAUUUGAGGGAUCAUCUGUAUGUUUCUCUUGAUUAUAUACUGUAUUUCUUGAACACAUUAUUCUUUUGGGUUGUUUUGAUUCUCUUUGAGUGAUUUAUCAUAAUAAAACUGCUCAU